AUGAGUAACGAUUCAGAAUUAAGAUUUAGAUUUGGUUCCGAAAACAACAGCAUUAGCAACAAUACUAGUGGUAUUAAUGAUGACGACGACGAUAAUAGAAUAUUUGAUGAAUUGAAUGAUAAUAAAAAGGAAAAGGUGGAAGGAAUUGUUUAUGGAAAAACACCAUACAAUAGUGCAUUUCCUGUGCCACGUACUGUAGAAAUGCUUACAUCAGUCUUUGAUCCAAAAUGUGCAUACAAUAUGGGAUUGGGUUGGUUAUUGAAAUAUCAGAGUGAUAAGCGCGGUCUGGUUAUUUGGGCAAAACGUAAUAAUAUUUUUCAUAAAAAAAACUUGAAAUGGUAUCCUCUUCUCAAGAAAGAAUUAAGCACAAAAAUGGGUGAUGAUUAUGAUUUUGAUGACUCGGGCUUUUUUAUUAACUUGUUACGUUGGAUCGGAGGCUUUUUCUUAUUAUGGUUUAACAUUUGGGUAAAAGUUGAUGCUCAUCGUGUAGUCAAAGAUUUUGCCUGGUACUGGGGUGAUUUCUUUUUCCUUAUCGAUCAAUCACUCACCUUUGAUGGUGUAUUUGAAAUGGCACCGCAUCCCAUGUAUUCCGUUGGUUAUGUUGGUUAUUAUGGCAUUUCUAUGAUUACGUCUAGUUACACUGUAUUGUUUGUAAGCUUGGCAGCUCAUGCAGCACAAUUUGCAUUCUUAACCAUUGUAGAAAAUCCUCCUGGAACUCCUGACAAUAUUGUUAAAACAUUUUUAGUUUUACAAUGUUUGACAUGGAGAAUAUUCCAUUCUUAUGGGCUAGGUUAUAUGUUAUAUUUGCAAAGUAAAAGUAAGUUUUUAACAAAACAUUAUGUUAAAUUUGGUGGAAAUGUGAACGAAGCAUUUUCUAAUUGGAAAAGCAUUUAUAAUUUAUCAUUGUGUAUGACAUAUGUAACAUUUAUUGUUGCUGCGUGGAAAAUGUACUAUUUCCCUGUUGAUUGGACUUAUGGAUUGGUGUUAUUAAGACAUACAAUGGGUGUACUAUUGAUUGCAUUACAUAUAUGGACAUCUGUUUCUGUGUUUGAAGUUCUUGGUGAUUUUGGAUGGUUCUAUGGUGAUUUCUUUAUGGAUGAUUAUUCUACAACUUUAUAUUAUACUGGCAUCUAUAGAUUUGUUAAUAACCCAGAGAAAAUUAUGGGGCAUGCUGCAUUCUGGGGAAUUACUCUUAUCGCAAAUAGUUGGCUUAUUUUUGGCAUGGCAUUAUUUUCACAGAUUUCAAGUUUUCUAUUUUUGAGAUAUGUCGAGGGCCCUCAUAUGAAAAAACUUUAUGGUGACAAAGUCAGGAAAGAGGCAGGAAUCACCAAGACUAUCAAACGUCUAAAAAUUAUUCCUGCCACUGUUAGAAAAGAAAUGUCUAAAAUUCGUGAAACUACAGAGAUUCAAGUUAUUCAAAAGGUCAUUAAAGAACUUGCCGAAACUGUUGAAAGGGCGGUGGAAGAAACUGCUGAUGCUUUAGGUGAAUUUGUUGAAUCAACGAAACCUAAACUUCAAGAAGUUGUCGAAGAAGCUAAAACAAUGUUGCAAAAUUCUCGUGUCAAAUUAAUAAGCCAAGCUGUUGGUCGAAUUCAAAAUCACGACGUUUCAAGAUACUCAAUAGUCCUUGUAGCUCCUGAGGAUUCCACAGAUAUCACACCAUCAAGCACACCAAUUUCUUCACGAGAACAAUUUAAAACGAUAUCAAAACCAAUCAUAUUCACACUUGGCUCACCGAUCCGUUUGAAGUGGACUGCACCAAAUAAUCAUUCACAUAAAGAUUGGAUCGGUGUUUAUAAGGUUACGUCUAAUUCUUCAAAGAAUAUUACUAGUGUCACUAGUAGAGGUCGUUACAUGUAUGUUUUGCCCGAAGAUGAAGAUUUUGAUAAUAAUAAUGCAGCAGCAACACCUACUACUACUACUGCCACUAAUGUCACCAGUGAAUUGUGGUUUAAGGGUGAUCAAUUGCCUUGGGAAGUUGGCACUUAUGAAUUUAGAUACCAUCACGACAACAAACAUAUAGUUAUGGCCAUUUCACAACCAUUCGAAAUCAAAGCACCAACACCAAAAUACAUAUUGGAUCUUCCGUCUGUUGAGCAAAUGGUGCUCACAUUAGUACAAAAAGCGCUCGACACUGAUCCUAAAUUUGUUCCAUACUCUACACAAGAUGAUUAUGUCUUGAUGAAGGAAGUUCAUGCUAAGCGCAUUGUAUAUGGGAUUAAGAUGAGUUUUGGUGUUGACUUUGCAUGGGAAGUUGUUGCUAUUGAUGGAAAUGUUAGGAGGCUUGCAAGAAGGAUACAUAAAGCACGUCUUGUUUUAUCACCUAUUCAAGGUAAACAACAAAUAAAUGAAAGUGACAUUGAAAAAAGUUUAUAUUCUCCUACUUUGAGUGAAAAUAGUGAAUAG